AUGGCGCCUAUCGGUGAGCGAAGAGGUGAGACGGAUCCUUUAGCCGGUGUGGACGGCGGAGAGUCACAAAAUCUAUGGGCAACCAUCUUGAGUGAAGUCCAAUCCAGUUCUGCCUCUAAGCUAUCUAAUGUCAAAUCCAUACUUGUUAUUGGUGACACUGAAUCUGGAAAAACCACCCUGAUUGCUAAGUUACAAGGUAAUGAGGAUCCCAGAAAAGGGUCAGGCUUAGAGUACUAUAAUAUUGAUGUCAAAGAUGAGUACAGAGAUGAUCAAGCCCGGCUUGGUGUGUGGAUCUUAGAUGGGGAUACACAGCAUACAAACUUACUGAAAUAUGCACUCACAGAGGAGAACUUUGCUCACACCCUUGUACUUUUGGUUGUAUCCAUGGCACAGCCUUGGAAUAUUAUGGACUCUUUACAAAAAUGGAUUACAGUACUCAGACAGCAUAUUGAGAAGUUAAAGAUUCCUAAAGAGACAUUACGAGAAUAUGAACAAAGCUUGGUGAGAUUUUUCCAAGAAUAUACUGAACCUGAAGAAGGUGGUGAAAAUGUGAGUCAACCCCAUUCGCGCCGAGACUUCAAUCCUCUUCAUCCCUCCCCAGCUGGCCCCACCGAAGAAGAAAACGUGCUACUUCCUUUACCAGAGAACACACUCAACUGUAAUUUAGGGAUACCAGUUGUUGUAGUAGUGACAAAAACUGAUGGUAUUACUGUUUUGGAAAAAGAACAUGACUACAAAGAAGAACAUUUUGAUUUUAUCCAGCAACAUUUGAGGAAGUUUUGUUUAAACUAUGGUGCUGCCCUCAUAUAUACAUCUGUUAAGGAGGAAAAGAACUGUGAUCUUCUAUUUAAGUAUUUAGUACACAGGAUAUAUGGAUUUUCAUUCUCAAUGCCAGCAUAUGUAGUGGAAAAAGAUUCUGUGUUUGUUCCUGCUGGUUGGGAUACAGAAAAGAAAAUAUCUAUUCUAAAUGAGAACCUGGCAAGUGUGAAACCUGAGGACCUUUACGAGGAUGUCUUGAGUAAACCAGUUGUAAGGAAGCCUAUUCAAAAAGAUGCGGAGGUUAUUGCUGAAGAUGAACAAGUUUUCUUGAUGCGACAACAAAGUCAGCUUGCAAAACAACCAGCGCCAGGCUGUGGAUCGGAAACCCCACUGCGCUCAUCUCCUGGCGUCUCCAAGGGAACUCCUUCCCCUCGGGCAUCACCUGGAGCUUCUGGCUCCCCCACUCCGGGAUCAACUCGAAAAGUACCCCUCGAUUCCUGCAAAACGGCCAGCAGUGAAGGAAUGUUGGCCAACUUCUUCAACAGUCUCCUCAGCAAGAAAACUGGGACAGGCAAUAAAGCAGUUGACAAAGCUGCUGUUACUCGCGAUGCUGCUGCAGAGCUAGAGCGAUUGAAUCGUACAAAGAAAACUAUGAAUGCCGACGGUUCCACAGGAGGGUCCAAUGAGCCCAGCACACCAACUUAG